AAAACAUAUAACUUGAUCGGUGUAUUUUUAGAGUUCUACUUGCAAUAUCACGGUUCAGCAAUGACCAUGAGGAGCUUGUUAAAUGGUAUAAAAUCUUACUUGUAUCAUCGCGCGCGAUCGCACUAUCACUGGAUCCCUUGUUCUUUUUUGUUCCUGUCAUCCAUGAAGACAAGAAGUGCAUCAGUGAAGACAAAAAAAUGUGGAUCAACGCCAUUUUUUGGCGAUCGUUCCUAGAUAUCAUUUACAUGGUGCACUUUGUAGUGAACUUUUAUAUUGAGAAGAACAAAGAUAAGUCAAAUACUACAAGCGCAAAUGAGUCAAAAGGUCAAAGGUACAAGUUUUGGAACUUCAGCCAAGAAGAAAAAGAGUUGUGGAAGUUGCGGAUGUGGUUCAUGUUCGACAUUAUGGUUAUUCUUCCCAUUCCACAGGUGUUAAUGUCAAACAUACUUUUAGAAAUGAGACACGCGAAAUAUACAUAUACUGUGACAAUCUUGAACGUUGUUCUUCUUAUCCAAUAUGUGCCAAGAGUUCUUCAAAUCUACCUAUCCUUGAAGGAACUGGAAGGAUCGGUUAUUCCCAUAAAGAUCAGAGCUUCAUUCAAUUUCUUUCUAUACCUCCUGGCUGGUCAUGUAUUUGGAGCCUUUUGGUAUUUUUUCUCGACUCAACGACUGACAUCUUGUUGGCGUAAAGUGUGUUUACAUCAAGGUGGAAGCGUCCAAGGUUCUUUUAACUGUGACCACCGUUUUGGAAAUCUCUCUGCUUUACAUGAUUUCUGCUCUAUUGAUUCAACAAAUACAAGUACCUUUGAUUUUGGAAUAUUUCUCGAAGCCCGUAAGUCUGGGAUCUUAGAGUCCAUGGAUUUUCCAAAAAAAUUAAUUUACUCUGCCUGGUGGGGCUUGCGAAAUUUAAGUUCUUUUGGUUCAAACCUCCAAACAAGUACAUACAUAUGGGAAAACGCCUUUGCACUUGGAAUUUCUAUCUUUGGCCUGUUAUUAUUUCUUUAUUUCUUGGGAAACUUGCAGGUUUACAUGCAGCGUGGUGCUUCAAAAUCACUUGAAAAAUCUGAAAGUGUUCAGAAUUUGGAAUUUGAAAAAUCUGGAAGAGUUCAUAAUUUGGAAUCACCCGUAUGAUGCUGUUGUUGAACCCAAGACAACUUCUAUUUUACAAAGACUCUGAUUGCUGAUGCUUUAAGAAAACUAGUUCUGAAUCUAGGUGUACCUGAUAUUGUUAAUGCAAAGCAGUGGUUUGUUUUGAUGUCUUUGCUGUUUUCAGAUUUGUCUUUCUAGUGAUGGAGUGGCUACUUGUUUGGAUUCUGAAUAAUGAUGGCAAAAUUAGGGAAAGGACAACGUGUGAAUUCUGUUUGAUGAACGGUAUUAAAUUCAAUAAGGAUUGUGUUUGUAUUUAGUUUAUUUACACCUAUUGUAAUCCUAAUCCGUGUGAUGUGAUGUAUAAGAUUUGGUUAUCUGAUCUUAUAUUUCACAA